UCUCUCCCCCUCCCUUUCUUAGUUUCUCCUUCCUCCCUCCUCCCUUAUUCUCUCUUAAACCCAAACCCUGGUGCAGACCUAGACGUGAAGACACUGGAAGACACUCACAGCCUUGCCUACCUCCAUCUCUUUCCAUCCCUGCCCUGGAGGAUUAAAGCACACUGCUGUGUGUAACAAAGCAACUAUGUCUGACAAACCUGACCUGACAGAGAUCACCUGCUUCGACAAGACCAAACUGAAGAAGACCGAGACGAAAGAAAAGAACCCACUGCCAACCAAAGAGACCAUUGAACAGGAAAGGAAAGGGGACGCCACGCCUUGAUGUGACUUGGUGCAGAGGAGGAGAAGAGGAGGAGAAGAGGAGAGGAGGCAGAGAUGCCACCAACAAAAGCACUUUGUUUUGACUGUCUGUCUCAGUAUUCUACUCUAAGUCACUUUUUGUUGUAUAACAGGGUGCUGUAGGUCCCCAGGAGAUGCAAUAGUGGAGGGUACAUGGGAUGCAUCCCAAAUGGCACCCUAUUCCCUAUAUCGUGCAAUACUUUUGACCUGGUCCACUAUAUAGGGAAUAUGGUGCCAUUUGGGACACAGAAUUUCAUCUUCACAGGGGUCUAUCUAUCAUUAGGGGAAUAUAGCUGUAGCCUGGCUGCCAGGAUGGUUCUGCUUUAAAUAACAAGUAUUGGGCCAGAAACAACACCUAAUCUCUACCCCCUUACUCCCUAGCUUCUACCCCCUAGCCUCUACCCCUUUACCCCUAUCCUUUACCCCCUAGC